CAGUGCUCUGCAUACAGUAAGCGCUCAAUAAAUACGAUUGGGGCCGAGAAGGGGGUGAACAGCUCGGCCGUGACGGAGUUCGUCCUUCUGGGUCUGCCCUCUUCUUGGGCGCCGCGGCUGCUUCUCUCCUGCCUCUUCUCGGCGGCCUUGGCGGCCAUCGUGCUGGGGAACCUCCUGAUUGUGGUGUCCGUGCGCGCUGCCCGGCGCCUCCUGCAAGCGCCCAUGUACUUCUUCCUGGCCCACCUGGCCUUCCUGGACCUAGGCCUAGGCUGCGUCACGGUGCCCAAGGUCCUGGAAGACCUCCUGCGGGGCCGAGACACCAUCUCCUUCCCGGCCUGCCUGGCCCAGGUGUGCGCCCUCCACCUGCUGGGGGCCAGCGAGAUGCUCCUGCUCACGGCCAUGGCUUACGACCGCUACGUGGCCAUAUGCCGGCCCCUGCGCUAUCUGGCCAUCAUGGACCGGCUCCUGCGCCGCCGCCUGGUAGCCGCCUGCUGGGCCGGGGGCUUCGUGCACUCGGCCACGCAGGCCGUGCUCUUGCUGCGCCUCCCGUUCUGCGGCCCCAACCGACUGGACAACUUCUACUGCGACGUCCCCCAGGUCGUCAAGCUGGCCUGCGCCGACACCGCUGUCGUGGAAGUGCUAAUGGUGGCCAACAGCGGCCUGCUGUCCCUCGCCUGCUUCGUGGUCCUGCUCGCCUCCUACGCCGUCAUCCUGGCCACGCUGAGGUCGCGCCUGCGCCACGGACGGGGUCUGGCCACCUGCGCCUCGCACCUGACCGUGGUCAGCCUGAUCUUCGGGCCGUGCGUUUUCAUCUACCUGCGGCCCUUCCGCAGCUUCCCGGCCGACAAGGUGGUCUCCGUCUUCUACACCGUAGUCACCCCGGGCCUGAACCCGCUCGUCUACACGCUGAGGAACGCCGAGGUGAAGGCGGCCACCCAAAGGCUGGGGCGGACGCUCGCUGUCUCCUGCCGCCGCCGGCCGGGAGAGUGA